AUGGAAAAGAAAGUAGAAACAACUACAACUACAACAUCAACCACAUCUAGUGGUGGUUUUGUGGAUCAUUUAAAAGAAUUAGCUCAUAAAUCAUGGGAAAAAGUUGGUGAAGGUUAUGAAAUAACUAAAGAAAAAGUUGGUGAAGGUUUUGAAUUUACAAAGGAAAAAGUUAGUGAAGGUUACCAAGUCUCAAAGGAACAAUUAUCAAGUAUUGGUCAUGCUAUCAAUGAGCAAUUACCAGAAAAAAUCCAAUAUCAUCCAGAUGGUUCUGCUAGUACUAAAACUGAAACUGAAACUGUUUAUAAAAAUCCAGAUGGAACAACUACUAUCCAAAGUGAAACAACUCAUGUAAAAUCGGUUCCAACUGACAAAGUUUAA